AUGGCCCUUCCAGCUGACAGCUCCUUGGCGCCUUCACACAGGCUUGACACCGAGGCCUUGACACCCACAGGGGCCUGGAUGGCCGUGAGGCUGGUGGGCGGCCCGGGGAGAUGCUCAGGCCGCGUGGAAGUCCUGGUCCAGGACACGUGGGGGACCGUGUGUGAUGACCUCUGGGACCUGGCCGAGGCCGCUGUCGUGUGCCGCCAGCUGGAGUGUGGCCAGGCGGUGGCGGCCCCCCCGGGGGCCCACUUUGGGGCAGGUUCUGGGAAGAUCGCGCUGGACAACAUGCAGUGUGUGGGCAGCGAGAGCCACCUGGGGCAGUGUGUGCACAGGGGCGAGGCCGGGCACAACUGCGGGCACCUGGAGGACGCCAGCGUCGUCUGCACAGCCACACGCCUUUCAUCACCCACCAGGCCACCCAGGCUUAUCCCUACAUCUCCUCCGAGCUCCCCUGGAGCUUGCUGGGCCCCCCUGCGGCUGGCAGGCGACCACGGGAGCUGUGCGGGCCGCGUGGAGGUUUUCUACCAGGGCGCCUGGGGGACAGUGUGUGACGACCUCUGGGACCUGCCGGAAGCAAACAUUGUCUGCCGACAGCUGGGCUGCGGCUGGGCCGUGGAGGCCCCAGGCGAGGCCUACUUUGGGGAAGGUUCUGGAAAGAUCCUCCUGGACAACGUGCAGUGCAAGGGGCAGGAAGAGCACCUGGACGCAUGCUCCCAUGCUGGCUGGUUUGCCCACAACUGUGGGCACGGGGAGGAUGCUGGCGUGGUCUGUUCAGGUCCCCCUUUGGAUGUCAUGGCGGAGACGAAGGCUGCAGGAAAAUUUCAGUGUGGCAGAAUCAUUACUAACUCAUCUGGAGCUAUCAGGAAUCCCCCUCGGAACAAAAUGCAUGACAACAUAACAUGUGUGUGGGAAAUCAGAGCUAACGCAUCUGAUCACAUACGACUGGCGUUUCCAUAUCUUAACCUGGACUGCACCAAUGAGUAUUUUGAAGUCCUGGACGGCCCUCCAUCCUCAGCAAAGUCCCUGGGGAAGACCUGCUCUGGUACCUAUCUCACCUACUCGUCGUCCUCCAGCUCGCUGACGCUCGUGUACUACCGAAGCUACAACAACAUAGGGAAGAACUUCGUCGCGUAUUAUUACUCCGAAGCCAAAGAUGCUGUUUCCCAGACCCCACAUCUAAUCACAAUCCCAAUAGCAACACCCAAAGUGGUAAAAGCAAGACCAGUGAGCACGCGCCCAGGAGGCUACAUGACAGUCACCCGCUCUCUGUCUGCAGGGGACUGGCCGGAGCUGCGGCUGGUGGGCAGCUCAGGUCGGUGCUCAGGACGCGUGGAGGUCCUGCACCGGGGGGCCUGGGGCACCGUGUGCGACGACCUGUGGGACCUGAACGAAGCCAAGGUCGUGUGCCGGCAGCUGGGGUGCGGUCAGGCCGUGUCCGCCCUCGGGAAGGCCCACUUCGGCCCGGGCUCUGGAGACAUCUUCCUGGACAACCUGCAGUGCGCCGGGGCGGAGCGCUACCUGGGCCAGUGCGCGCACUCGGGCUGGUCGGAGCACAACUGCGGCCACCACGAGGACGCCGGGGUCAUCUGCUCAGGUAGCCUCUCCUCCUCCCGCCGGUCACCACCCAAUCCGCUGUAUCCAGAAAACUACCCAACAGACAUCCAGUGUGUGUGGGAGAUCCACGUGGAUAAGAAGUUCCGCAUAGAACUCAUGAUUCCAACUCUGAAACUGGAAGAUAUCCUUGGAUGCCCGUAUGACUCAGUCGAAAUCUUCGAUGGCCCCAGGAUCACCUCUCUCUCCAUGGGGAAGUUCUGUGCCUCAGCAGCUGUGAUGUUUUUCUCCUCCUCUGACAUCCUGACUGUGGUGUUCCGAAGUGAUUCCAUGAUCACCAACACUGGCUUUUAUGCUCUGUUCAAUGCGAUUCCCCAGGGCAGAAGAGAGUCAGGUUUAGAAGAUGAGCCAGAGCUGCGGCUGGUGGGCAGUUCUGGGCGGUGCUCUGGAUGCGUGGAAAUCCUGCACCAGGGAGCCUGGGGCACCGUGUGUGACGACCUACAGGACCUGAAAGAAGCCAGGGUCAUAUGCUGGCAGCUGGGGUGUGGUUGGGCCAUCGCUGCCCCGGGAAAGGCCCACUUCGGCCCGGGCUCUGGAGACAUCCUCCUGGACAGUUUCCAGUGUUUGGGGAACGAGAGCCACCUUGGCCAGUGCCCCAGUUCCGGCUGGUCAGACCACAACUGUGGUCACCAUGAGGAUGCUGGUGUCGUCUGCUCAGAUACCUCUCCCUUUCCUCCAGGGGCAGGUGAGUCCCUGAGGCUGGGGGAUGGCAGUCACAGAUGUGAGGGCCGGGUGGAGGUCUCCUACAACGGCACCUGGGGAACCGUGUGUGACGACAGCUGGGACCUGACGGACGCCAGGGUCGUGUGCCGGCAGCUCGGCUGCGGCGAGGCCUUGUCGGCCCCGAAGCAGAGCCACUUCGGUGGAGGCACCGGCCCCAUCAUCCUGGACAACGUGCAGUGCGCGGGGAGUGAGGCCAGGGUGUGGCAGUGCCCACACAGCGGCUGGUUCUCCCACAACUGCGGGCACCACGAGGACGCGGGUGUCGUCUGCUCAGGUGAGCCCCCGGGGACACGGCACACCUUGCUGGGGGCAUCUCACCCCAUCUUUCCUAGCAACGCGGUGCUCAGGCUGGCCAAUGGAAGCCAGCCCUGCGAGGGCCGCGUGGAGCUGCACUUCAACGGCAGCUGGGGGACCGUGUGUGACGACGGCUGGGACCUGCAGGAUGCCGAGGUGGUGUGCCGGCAGCUGAGCUGUGGCGGAGCAGUGUCAGCCCCCGGGAGGGCAAGAUUCGGCCGAGGCCUGGGCCCCAUCGCCCUGGACGACGUGAAAUGUGUGGGGACUGAAGCCAGGCUGUGGCAGUGUCUGCACGGCGGCUGGUUCUCCCACAACUGUGGCCACCACGAGGAUGCUGGCGUCGUCUGCUCAGGUUUGGGCCUGCGGCUGGCCGAUGGGGCAAGCCGGUGUGAGGGCCGAGUGGAAGUCUGCCAUGCCAAUACGUGGGGCACCGUAUGUGAUGACAGCUGGUCCAUCGAGGAUGCCCACGUGGUCUGCAGGCAGCUUGGCUGUGGCCAGGCCGUGUUUGCCCUCUCAGGGGCCAGAUUCAGCCCCGGGGUGGGCAGCAUUCUCUUGGACGAUGUCAACUGCACGGGCAGUGAGUCCUCUCUGGCGCAGUGCCCUCACAGCGGCUGGUUCACCCACAACUGUGGGCACCAUGAAGACGCUGGCGUUGUCUGCUCAGAUCUGCCCAUGGUGAGGCUGGCCGGCAGCAGGAGCAGGUGUGAGGGCUGUGUGGAGAUCCACCACCACGGCACCUGGGAGACAGUGUGUGAUGACCCCUGGGACCUGCUGGCUGCCCGGGUGCUGUGCCAGCAGCUGGGCUGCUGUGGACCCCACGAGGUCGCCGGGGCCAUCUGCGCAGACCUCCGCCUGGUGGGCGGGCGCAGCCGCUGCGAGGGCCGGGUGGAGGUCCGGCAUGAGGGUGUGUGGGGCACGGUGUGCGACGACCACUGGAACAUCAGGGACGCCCGCGUGGUGUGCCGCGUCCUGGGCUGCGGGCGCGCGCUGGGCGCCCUGGGGCGCAGCCGCUUCGGCCCGGGCUCGGGGCCCAUCCUGCUGGACGACGUGCGCUGUGCGGGCACCGAGGAUGCGCUGGGGCGCUGCGCCCACGCGGGCUGGGCACGCCACGACUGCCAACACCGGGAGGACGCGAGCGUGGUCUGCGCAGUUGUCAUUGACCGAGGCUACCUCCGGAGGCUGGGCUACUCGUCCUGGGACAUCCAUUUAAAUGAUGAGCUGUGUCACCCCCGAGUCACAGGGCGCUACCUGAUCUUCAACAUUCCCUAUGGCCACUGUGGAACCAUCAGACAGGAAAGCCGCGGCUCCCUCAGCUACUCCAACUCCAUCAGAGGCCGAACCAGGGGCCACCCCGGCCGAGUCGUCGUGCGGCACAGGGUGCCUCGGCUCAAGUUCACCUGCAGGGUGGACGGCCCGUCAGCAGUGGAAGUCGUCCCUGGGGAGAAUGCUGGCUACGAUGUGUCCAUAUCGUUCCUCGAGUGGCCCCUGUCCCAGCCUGGAGAAAACAUGGGGCCACACGUCGCCAGCCAGAGGAGAGAGGUCUUCCUCCAGGCCACGCUCCACAGCCCCAACCCCAGCCUGCGGGUCUUUGUGGAUACCUGUGUGGCUUCUCCAGACCCCAGUGAUUUUACAACUGUCAAGUAUGAUUUGAUCCAGCAAGGGUGCAUCAAAGACAAUACUUAUAUCAACCUGCACUCCUGGCAAAAGAAUGUCGCCCGAUUCAAGUUCAACAUCUUCAGCAUUCUCACCAGCUAUGACGUGAUCUAUCUGCAGUGUAAGAUCACCAUCUGCGAAGUGGGGGACCAUUCCUCCCGCUGCCCCCAGGGCUGUGCAGGGCGGAGUAAGAGGGGCACAGGCCUCAGGAAGCCCACAGGAGAGCAGACUGAGCAUUUCCAAAUCUUCAAAGCCUCACGGGAAACCUGA